CAGGCGCGUACACUAUUGUACAUGUAUGCACAAUACAAUGGUGUGGUCCACGUCCCCACAGUAUAGGUACCUACCUAGGUAGGACUCGCAUCUCAUUCUCGCCUUCCCAUCUAGCAUGCGGGCACUUACACCUAAGAUGGGAACAACAAACCCCAGCAGUUGUGUUUUGUUGGAUCGAAGGACUCAUCUGCACCGCUAUCAGGAGGAGUGCUCUGUUCCCCUGGAUCGUUCAGUUCUCUCUCUUCUAGAUCCUGCACUCGCUUCUCAGCAUCCACAGCCCUAUAGUCACAUCCUACGCGUUUGAUAUACAUAUCGAACUGGUAUUUGCAUCUACAGAACUCUACUACGCUCGACUUGCCCGCCUCGGCGCCCAAGAUGGCAAGCUUAAUUGCGACACUCUGGCAGUUCUUCACAGUCGUCUUGCAGACGCUGUUCGAUGUGCUUCUCUUCUGGGUUCGCAAACUCGGAGAGCACUGGUUCCGUCCCUCGGCCUUUAGGAGGUUGCUAGAGGCGCUCCAGAAUGCGACCACGUACGAGCAGUGGAAGGAUGCGGCGAUGAAGCUGGACACCCUCCUCGGCCUCGACAUCUGGCGCAAUAACCCGACAAGCAAGGACUACGACUUCCGCCUCAUCAACGAUCGCUUGUCGCUUAUUGACCAUGCACGUCGGGCAGGGGACGUCUACGGGCUUAUCAACGCGCUCCGAGCCGGACUUGUCCGGAACCUAGGCAACAUCAACAGCCCGAAGCUUUUCAACAAGGCCUUUGCCGGCACCAAAUACCUCAUCCACGAGUACAUCUCGCAGUAUGUUGAUGCCAUCGAGGAGCUGACCUCUCUGCCUCCGCCGGAGGAUUCGGACACGGAUCUGCUGGGCGGAGGGACCAUGUCGCCGGAUUACGAGGACGGCGAGAUCAGCGGAGGCGGGUUUGGAGCGGAGCCGGUCGGCCACCCCACCCGUAAUAGGAACCGGCAGCGCACAGGCGGCAUGGCGAACGCCACGAUGUCGGCACAGAACAAGCUCGACUUCAUCCACGACUCGAGGCAGGGAUUCGGGCGGACCGCUCUGGUACUCCAGGGCGGAGCGAUCUUUGGUCUGUGCCAUCUCGGCGUCGUCAAGGCCUUGCUGCUGCAGGGUUUGCUCCCUCGCAUCAUUGUCGGGACCGCAACCGGGGCGAUAAUGGGCGCCUUGGUCAGUGUCCACCCCGACAAAGAUCUCCUUCGGAUCCUGAACAACAGCGAAAUCGACGUCUCUGCGUUCGCCAGCCAUGGCAGCGAUCCGGCCAAGCACAACGUAGAGGUCCGGCAGUCGAUGUACACCCGGUGGGAGACGCUGCUUAGGAGGAUACAGCGGUUCCGGAAAGAGGGCUACUUUCUGGACGUCACGAUACUGGAGGAGUGUGUCCGGGCAAACAUCGGCGACCUGACCUUCGAGGAGGCGUUCAACCGCAGUAAGCGGAUCCUCAACAUCACGGUCGUCCCGGCCGGCCAGGAGGGCCUCCCAACUCUUCUGAACUAUAUCACCGCCCCUAAUGUGCUGGUUUGGACCGCCGCCGUUGCUUCUAAUGCUUCGUCGUCCGCCUUCUACGGACACAGGCAAACCAAGAUCAUGUGCAAGGAUGCCCACGGGAACAUUACUCCCUGGUCGCAUACCAACGAGGUCGACUUCCGGCACUGGACGCUGGCCAAAUACACGGGCCGUGACGCGCCGCUGCCGCGCGUGGCGCGGUUGUUCAACGUCAACCACUACAUCGUCAGCCAGGCGCGGCCCUACCUGGUCCCCUUCCUCCAGAGCGACAUGCACGGCCCCUCGACGAUCGGCAAGCGUAACAUGCUGACGGCCAUCAAGGCCUUUGUGAUGCGCAUGGUCGGCCUCGAGGUGCGGCACCGGCUGCGGCAGAUGGACCGGCUCCGGCUGCUGCAGCCGUCGAUCCGGCGCUUCCUCGUGGACGAGCACCUUCCCGGGCCCAGCAUGACGCUGGUGCCGCAGAUCUCGCUGCAGGACUUUGCGCGGCUCAUGGAGACGCCCACCAAGGAGACGGUGGAGCACUGGAUCCUGCGCGGCGAGCGCAGCGUGUGGCCGGCCGUGGCGGCGCUCAAGGCCCGCUGCGCCAUCGAGAUGGAGCUCGACCGCGCCUACCAGGACGUGCGCCGCCUCAAGGCCGGCGACCUCCGCCGUCGGGCCAGCGAGAUCCCGGCGCUGGCGGAGCAGCAGUUGGAUCAGCAGCACGCGUCCGCGUCCGGGGGUGACGCUGAGCGCUAGGGGCGCAAACGCCGGCAGCUGGCGGGGGCGUGGAGCUCGGGUGUUUCGAUAACGGGCUCCGCAGUUGUGCUUUGACUUUUCAUCCUUGGUUUUCGGUUGGGGUAGAAAACCGGUGUGGUCUUUCGGGCCGGGAGGAUAGGGGCAAGGCGUAGUUAUGGCUUACUCAGGGGUGUGGGCGGCGUUGGUCGGUUGGGUUCUCCCAAGCUAUGUGUUAUAUUAUAUAAGUAUGCUCGGUCCGUCAAACGGGUUGGCUUGAUACAAAUAUACCUUGUCGGGCUG